AUGCGUGUCAACGUGUAUUCAUCGUCACCAAGUUCCUCUUCUGGUGAGGACGAUUACGUUCCUAUGGAGACGUCUCCGACGAAGUUGCUGGCACUUGCGAUCCAGAAGCGGCGUGCAUUGUUUGGUCGAAAGGAGCGCGACUACCGACUCGAGCUGCUGCAGACCGGCUUCAUCCAGUCUCUGUGUAAGCAUUUGGGUGAGCGUAGAGCUCGUCGCCGCAAACGCGGCGGUAAGCGAAGCGUUAGGGAAAACAAGGGUGUUGAGUCCUCUGGGACUCUAGUAACUCGAGUUGAACCUAUCGUUCAGAAUUCUUAUGAUGGUGAGCCACCCAGCAAGCAGAGCUGUCGAGACGAGGAAAAGGAUCCAUUUGGUCUCGAUGACUUCUUUGUUCGUGUGUACGGACGUUCGGUGACUAUCGAAGGUUAA